GGCGGGGACAAAACUCAACUCCUGGACUCGUGUCUCUCACGUGACCUUAUCACCCUCUUUUCCCAAACCCCCCUUCCAUUUCUCCCCCUCCCCAAACCCUCUCGGAGUCUCCAUCUUCGAACGCCUCCAAAACCCUGGCUUUGGAUUGGAUUCCGUAGUCCUUCUCUUCGAAAUCCUCCACCGCGUUGGAGGAAGGGGGUUCAGACCGGCCCCUUCUACUUUCAGGAAUUCAGCAGGAUGGCAUCCCAAUUAGCUCGUGAGUGGCUUGGAAUCCAGCAGUUCCCGGCUGCCACCCAGAGCAAAUUGCACGAAUUGCUGGGAAAGCUGAAGCAAGAGAAUGUGAGCACGUUGACAAUUCUGGUUAUGGGUAAGGGUGGUGUUGGGAAGUCGUCCACGGUGAACUCCAUAUUGGGCGAGAGAGUGGCUGCUGUCAGUGCUUUCCAGUCAGAAGGAUUGCGACCAAUGAUGUGUUCACGCACGCGAGCGGGAUUCACUUUGAAUAUCAUUGACACUCCUGGGCUCGUGGAAGGUGGAUAUGUCAACGAACAGGCUCUUGAAAUCAUAAAACGGUUUCUCUUGAACAAGACUAUCGAUGUUCUUCUGUAUGUGGACCGGUUAGAUGCGUAUAGGGUGGAUAGCUUGGAUAAACAGGUUAUUAAAGCCAUAACAGAUACAUUUGGUAAAAGAAUAUGGUGGAGGGCUCUGGUUGUAUUAACUCAUGCUCAGCUGUCACCACCAGAUGGACUGAAUUAUAAUGAUUUCUUUGCUAAACGAUCAGAAGCACUUCUAAAAUAUAUUCGUUUGGGUGCAAAUAUUAAGAAACAGGCAUUACAGGAAUCUGUCACUCCUGUGGUCUUGGUUGAGAACAGUGGGAGAUGCAAAACUAACGAGAAUGGGGAGAAGAUUCUUCCUGAUGGUACUCCAUGGAUUCCAAACUUGGUUGAAGUACUAACAGUUGUUAUCGCAAAUGGGAGCAAACCUAUUACAGUUGACCAGAAGUUGAUUGAUGGCCCCAACCCAAAUGCAAGGGGAAAGUUGUUCAUACCUCUUCUCCUGGCUUUCCAGUACUUUUUCGUGGUGAAACCGAUCCAGAAAGCCAUAAAGCAGGACAUGGCAAAAGAAAGCAAGCCUCUUUGGGAGCUACGAGACGUGGGCUUGGCAAACCGAAAUUUCUAGAUGUUUAAAGUAUUUGUUAUGUUUGUUUUUUCUUUCCCUUCUUAGCAUGACGAUUCUCAUUUUUCUGCUGCUGUUUUCUGACGUUUGAUGCACCGUUUAGUGGGUUUAUAGGAGUAGCUAAGUUGAGCGGCAGAUGAAGAUUUUCUUGUUGAGGAUUAUUCUAAUUCCAUUCAGUGUCAUGACUAGAUAGCCUCUCUGUUGUUGUAGCCUUCAACUUCGAGGCAGCUAAAUGUGAUUUUUGGUCUAGUGCAUCCUUUUCUUUUUCUAGAUGGUCUCUCCUUUUGGAGGAAAUGAGAGAGAAUACAUUGCCUGGUUUUUUCUCUCUCCAUCAUAAAUGAAACGAAGGUGUUACUUUCA